GAUGGAAAUAUUGCACAAGAGCUUGUCGAAGAUCUCAAGGAGUUCAUCGAAUCUUCUGAGUGGUAUACAGAGCGCGGAAUCCCAUACCGACGGGGCUAUCUGUUUUAUGGUCCACCAGGAACCGGAAAGAGCAGCUUCAUAUCUGCAUUGGCUAGUCAUUUUGGAUACAGCGUCUGUAUGCUGUCUCUUAGUGAACGAACACUUGAUGAUGACAGGUUGAAUCAUCUGCUGAAUACAGCACCGGUGAACAGUGUUGUGAUUCUGGAAGACAUCGAUGCCGCAUUUGGAACUAGAGCCGAUCCCAUGAAUAAUCACCCAGCUUACCAAGGUAUAACAAGGUAA